AUGUCUAACGACCAGAACCGUAAGCGCCCGGCAGACCCGGUCUCGGACGACGAGGACCGCGAGGCGUACCCGCAGACGCCCGGUGGAGGCUUGUUAUUUGGUUCCAGCUCGCCGGUGCAUAUGGCUGAAGACCCAGCACUGCCACCGUCCAGCCCACCACCAUUCUCGCCAUUCCCCGGAUUCACACAAGAGGAUGAUAACGAAGACGAGCUCGAGCGGGACCUACCUGACCGGCUCGGCGACGUUGAUCUGGACGAGGAGAUCCACGACGAGGGCGAAAUGCUAGCACUGGAGCAAGAAGACGAGGAGGGAGAAGAUCUAUUCGGCCCAAGCAUGGAGCGCGACUACCGCUACAACGCUGAGCUUGACAAGUAUGACGAGGAGCUUUUGGACGAAACCGAGUUUGCGGCUAUGGACCCGGCGGCCAGGGCACGCGUCGAGGCACGGCUGAGGCGGCGUGACUUUGAGGAGGGGGUUGGCCAGCCCAAGUCGCGUAUCCCGCUUGCAUUCAUGCAGGACUUUGAGGACGAGGAGGACGCCCGGCGGUUUGGGCGUACGCGGCGCCGCGGAGCAGGCGCACUCGAGAGCAAGCAUGCCCACCUGCUUGAUAUGGCCAUGGAGGUGCGCGACGAGGAGCGCGCGCUGACGCUCGAUGACUUGAAGGACAUGAAGGGACGCACAGUGGCUGCGUGGGUCAGCGAGUCGGGCCCGCGCCAGACGAUUGCCCGCGAAUUCCGCCACUUCUUGCUGUCGUAUGUUGAUGACAAGGGUGCUUCGGUGUAUGGUGAGCGUAUCCGACAGCUGGGCGCUGCCAACGCCGAGAGCCUCGAGGUCACGUACUCGCACCUGGCCCAGUCGCGGCCGCUGAUCGCCUACUUUUUGGCCAAUGCUCCGCGCGAAAUCCUGGCCAUCAUGGACGAUGUGGCCAUGGAUGCUGUCCGGACCAUGUUCCCGGACUACGCACGAAUCCGGUCUGAGAUCCACGUGCGCAUUGCUGAGCUGCCAACAACGUGCUCGCUGCGCGACCUACGCCAGUCGCAGCUCAACUGCCUGGUGCGCAUCAGCGGCGUGGUGAGCCGCCGCACUGGUGUGUUCCCCCAGCUGAAGUAUGUGAAGUUCAACUGUGGCAAGUGCGGUGCUGUGCUAGGCCCGUUCUACCAGGACGCAACUACCGAGAUCAAGAUCAACAUGUGCGCCACGUGCCAGUCCCGCGGUCCGUUCACGCUCAAUUCGGAGCAGACAGUCUACCGUAACUACCAGCGCCUGACCCUACAAGAGACUCCGGGUUCGGUCCCACCUGGUCGUCUGCCGCGCCACCGCGAGGUCAUCUUACUCUGGGACCUCAUCGAUUGUGCCAAGCCUGGAGAGGAGAUUGAGGUCACUGGCGUCUACUCCCACACGUUCGAUGCCUCGCUCAACACGCGCCAAGGAUUCCCGGUAUUCAGCACCAUCAUCGAGGCUAACCACGUGUCGAAGCGCGCCGACGAGUUUGCUGCCGUGCGUCUGACAGAGGAAGACAAGCGUGCAAUCCGCAGCCUGGCCCGCGAUGAAAAUCACAUCAAGACUGCACUGGCCCUGUCGCUGUUUGGUGGUGUGCCCAAAGACAUUGGCGGCAAGCUUCGCACCCGUGGCGACAUCAACGUUCUCCUGCUUGGCGACCCAGGUACUGCCAAGUCACAGUUCCUGAAGUACAUCGAGGGCACAGCUCACCGUGCGGUCUUUACCACUGGCCAAGGUGCCAGUGCCGUUGGUCUCACUGCCAGCGUACGCAAGGAUCCUGUCACACGCGAGUGGACGCUUGAAGGCGGUGCGCUGGUGCUAGCCGACCGUGGUGUGUGCCUGAUUGAUGAGUUUGACAAGAUGAAUGACGCCGACCGUACCUCGAUCCACGAGGCCAUGGAGCAGCAGAGCAUCUCUAUCUCCAAGGCUGGUAUUGUCACUACCCUGCAGGCACGCUGCUCGGUGCUGGCUGCAGCUAACCCAAUUGGCGGUCGCUACCGUCCUGCGCUGCCGUUCUCACAGAAUGUUGAGCUGACUGAGCCGAUUAUCUCGCGUUUUGAUGUCCUCUGCGUCGUCCGUGAUGAGGUCGACCCUGUCAAGGAUGAGAUGCUUGGUCGCUUUGUCGUGCAGAGCCACACGCGUUCUCACCCGCUUAACCAGACUGCCACCGAGGACCAAGUCAUGGCCGAUGAGGCGAAUCUGGCUCAGGACGUGAUCCCUCAGGAUCUGCUGCGCAAGUACAUUAUGUACGCACGUGAGAAUAUCGAGCCACGCAUGUCGGACCGGUACUCUGACAAGAUCGCGCACCUGUACGCCGAGCUGCGGCGUGAGUCGUUGGCUACCGGAAGCGUGCCCAUCACCGUGCGUCACAUCGAGGCCAUGGUGCGUCUUGCUGAGGCACAUGCGCGCAUGCAUCUGCGUGACUAUGUACGCGCCGACGAUAUCGAGGUCGCCAUCCGCGUGGCUCUCGAAGGCUUUAUCACAGCACAGAAAUUGUCGGUGAUGCGCUCGCUGCGGCGCAAGUUCAGCAAGUACCUCUAUACCCGUCGCGACCACUUUGAGCUGCUGUACUAUCUGCUGGGCAAGCUGGUGCAGGAGCGCCUGACCUUCUAUACACUCAAGUAUAACGGCGUCUUGCCUGAGACUGUCGAGCUGUCAAAGGCCGAGUUUGAGUCUCAGGCCAGCGCUUUUGGUGUCACUGACUGUUCGUCGUUCUACCAGUCCCCACUGUUUUCCCAGCAGAUGUUUGCUGUUGACAACACCAAGGGUGUCAUUACCAAGACUCUGGCAUCAGCCUAG